AUGGAUUCCAAUCUAAAACCGGAGAAGUGCAUCGCCACCUACGAGCCACACGCUUACUGUGUCGUCUAUUCGACGACGGACAGGGCCUCGGUCCGCAUUGCCGAAGAAGUCCUGCAGACUUUGUGGAGAAGCGACCACGUGUCCGCCAGAGCUGUCAUUCUCGUCGGGAACAAGAUCGACCUUGCGCGCUGCAGGCUCAUCUCUACGGAAGAGGGCAAGUCCAUGGCGACGUCUUACGACUGCAAGUUCAUCGAGACCUCGGUGGGCAUCAACCACAACGUGGACGAGCUCCUGGUGGGCCUGCUGACUCAGAUUCGCCUAAAGCUGGAGAACCCGGAGCGGACGCGCGACCUCUUCCGCAAACGGUCGCGGAAGAACCGCAGCAGAUCGCCCCUGGGCUCCUGCUCGGAGAACAACUCGCCGAAGAAGUACCGGGGCAGUCGGACCAGCGCCAGCCUGAAAGUCCGCAGCCUGUUGGGCAAGGUCUGGGCGAGGGACAGCAAGUCGAAGAGCUGCGAGAACCUGCACGUACUGUAAACAAGACUGAGACAUUGCUCCUCUGCAAGCGGAACUUACCGGUAGGCCUCUCAUCCCGACUCAAACCGAGACGGAUUCAUGGAGGGGGUUUCGCCAUUUUGGAUCCCGAUCGGGAAAAAUUGGGAACGAGACCUCGGGAAAUCUUUCUAUCGGGAAACGGUCUUUGUAGCGACGCGUUAUCGAGCACGGAUGUACGUUUGCGUAAACCAUUUUUCUCCAUUUACUCCCGAGGCCUUCCCGCGCGGGGAUAAAAUACUCGAGGUGGUGCGAGACUUGCCACUCAAUUCCUGGAAUGAGUUGUAUCCAUUGCAUGGAUACUUCGUAAUUUGCCUAGAAUCGUGAUCGCGUUUUAAAAUGCUGACGUCGGUUUCCUGCCACUUAUUGUCGCGUACAGGUUGUGCGACUUUGUCGAUGGUUUUGCAAAAUUGCUUCCAAACUAUUUAGGGUCGCUAAUUAUUUUGGAUCCUGAUCGGGGAAAAUUGGGAACGAGACCUCGGGAAAUCUUUUUAUAGGGAAACGGUCUUUGUAGCGACGCGUUAUCGAGCACGGACGUACGUUUGUGUAAACCAUUUUUCUCCAUUUUUUCCCGAGGCGUUCCCGCGCGGGGAUAAAAUAUUCGAAAUGGUGCGAAACUUGCCACUCAAUUCCUGGAAUGAGUUGUAUCCAUUGCAUGGAUACUUCGUAAUUUGCCUAGAAUCGUGUUCGCGUUUUAAAAUGCUGACGUCGAUUUCAUGCCACUUACUGUCGCGUACAGGUUGUGCGACUUUGACGAUGGUUUUGCAAAAUUGCUUCCAAACUAUGUAGGGUCGCUAAUUAUUUUGGAUCCUGAUCGGGGAAAAUUGGGAACGAGACCUCGGGAAAUCUUUUUAUAGGGAAACGGUCUUUGUAGCGACGCGUUAUCGAGCACGGACGUACGUUCGUGUAAACCAUAUUUCUCCAUUUUCUCCCGUUUAUCCGCAGAAAAUGUAACGAUAACGAGUUAAACGGACUUGGUGAAACUGAACUUAAGAAAGUCGCGGAUUGUUUCUAGAUUGUUUGAAAUUUCUUCCCUCUUACGAUGUCGAGAGUAGAGAUCUAUUUAACACGAGAAUCUCUUUUUAAUUAAAAAGUGAUUCUUUCGCUCAGUAUAGUGUCGCGUUCGGAUCUAACAAUUUUGCCGUCGAUUUCGCAACGCUUGGACUUGCAUUUUGAUUAUCGUAAUCCGCCAUUAGUCUCGCGUUGCAUUGAGCUGGGGUCAUACAAUUUCUUUGUUGGUUUUGCACAGCUUAUUGUUAGUGUCGCGCUCAUAUCAACGAUUUAGUCGUCAGUUUUGCAACACUCAAAGACACGUUUCGGUCGUCGUAAUGUGCCAUUAGUCUCCCCAGA